AUGGUGUGUUUUGAAAGUGACUCAGAAGCUGGCGACACAGAGAGAAAGCGUAAAAGUUGUGUCAGGGCAGUGGUUGAAGCACCAGUGUCAGUAACAACACAGCAUGAAGCACCAGUGUUAGUAACAACACAGCAUGAAGCACCAGUGUUAGUAACAACACAGCAUGAAGCACCAGUGUCAGUAACAACACAGCAUGAAGCACCAGUGUUAGUAACAACACAGCAUGAAGCACCAGUGUCAGUAACAACACAGCAUGAAGCGCCAGUGUCAGUAACAACACAGCAUGAAGCACCAGUGUCAGUAACAACACAGCAUGAAGCACCAGUGUUAGUAACAACACAGCAUGAAGCACCAGUGUUAGUAACAACACAGCAUGAAGCACCAGUGUCAGUAACAACACAGCAUGAAGCACCAGUGUUACAUGAAGCACCAGUGUUAGUGCAUGAAGCACCAGUAACAACACAGCAUGAAGCACCAGUGUUAGUAACACAGCAUGAAGCACCAGUAACAACACAGCAUGAAGCAUCAGUGUUAGUAACAGCACAGUGUGAAGCACCACAUGAAGCACCAGUGUUAGUAACAACACAGCAUGAAGCACCAGUGUCAGUAACAACACAGCAUGAAGCACCAGUGCCAGUAACAACACAGCAUGAAGCACCAGUGUCAGUAACAACACCGCAUGCAGCACCAGUGUCAGUAACAACACAGCAUGAAGCACCAGUGUUAGUAACAACACAGCAUGCAGCACCAGUGUCAGUAACAACACAGCAUGAAGCACCAGUGUCAGUAACACAGCAAGCACCAGUGUCAGUAACAACACAGCAUGAAGCACCAGUGUUAGUAACAACACAGCAUGAAGCACCAGUGUUAGUAACAACACAGCAUGAAGCACCAGUGUUAGUAACAACACAGCAUGAAGCACCAGUGUGUAAAGAUUUCCAGUGUUGCAAAAAUAUCAAGUACAAACUCCUCAAUAUACCUCGGCCGUAUUGUUUCCCAGAUCUGUUUAACACAGUUGGCCAGAUCUUCAUACACAUUCCUCCAGAUAUCCAGACCGGCUCAUCCGGUUUUCUUGUCCCAGACCAUCUAACACAGUGCUCCGGACAUCCAUAUAUACUAACAUAA